AUGUGCAAGGCCAUGAGCAAAGCAGCGAGCUGGGAGAUGGACGGACUGCGCGGCGACAGCAGCGGCGGCGGCGGCGGCAGCGGCGGAGGCGGCGGCGGAGCCCCCGGGCAGUGCCGUAAUUUUCUCUCCUCGCCCGUUUUCGGGGCGGCGCACACGGGCCGAGCGGCCGCCGCCGCCGCUGCCGCCGCCGCCGCCUCGGGUUUUGCCUACGCCGGCGGAGGGGAGCGCUCGGGGGCGGCGGCGAGGCCCGACCCCCCGACCAAGGACUGCCCGGGCUCCACCACGGCGGCCGCCGCCCCCGCGCUGGGCUAUGGGUAUCACUUUGGCAAUGGAUACUAUAGCUGCAGGAUGUCCCACGGGGUUGGGAUACAGCAAAACGCCCUGAAGUCUCCCCCCCAUGCCUCCAUUGGCGGCUUUCCCGUGGAAAAGUACAUGGACGUCUCCAGCUUGACCAGCACGAGUGUCCCCGCCAAUGAAGUCUCCUCCAGGGCAAAGGAAGUGUCCUUCUACCAGGGCUAUACAACCCCCUACCAGCACGUUCCUGGGUACAUAGACAUGGUCUCAACGUUUGGCUCUGGGGAACCGAGACACGAAACAUACAUAUCAAUGGAGGGCUAUCAGUCUUGGACUCUGGCUAAUGGCUGGAAUAGUCAGGUUUACUGUGCCAAAGAUCAGACACAGAGCUCACACUUCUGGAAAUCGUCCUUUCCAGGGGACGUUGCACUAAACCAGCCCGAUAUGUGUGUCUACCGGCGUGGGAGAAAGAAGCGAGUGCCGUAUACAAAACUGCAGCUUAAAGAACUCGAGAAUGAAUAUGCCAUUAACAAGUUCAUUAACAAGGACAAGAGGCGAAGGAUAUCUGCAGCCACAAACCUGUCUGAGAGACAAGUUACCAUUUGGUUUCAGAACAGGAGAGUGAAGGAUAAGAAAAUAGUCUCCAAACUGAAAGACAACGUAUCCUGAUACAUUAGCUGCGGACAGUGAUGAAAAUAUAAACUCAAUUUACAACCAGCUAAAGACUUUCGGAAAGACUUGAAAAUAUAUUUAAAUUUUUUUGUCCUUCCAGCAGUGGUGAAAUUUCGGGAAUUGUUUUCCGUGAAAGUCAGCGUUUUUCUCUCAGUGUAAGGGAGUGUUGACAAGCCUUGAAUUGAAUUAUAGUUUCUCUUUUUGAAAAUAAUAAUAAUAUUAAUAUUAAUUAUAUUUUCUGUUCUUCCCUCUAGGCCAGUAUAAACGAAUUUAAAUAUGCUGAACGGUAACAGCCAUAAUUUUCUUUAAUGCCUAAAUCUUUGGGGGGGUAUUCUGGUUUU